GCCCUCUCUUUUGAGACGCAAACAUAUUUUUGGAGGUUAUGUUGAAAGAUAAGGGAGGUUAUAUUUGAAAUUUCCAAAAUUUUGUGCUUUACUAUCAAGCAGCAAUGUCCAAAUUAAAAAUUAAUCGCGUAGUCAGUUUUAGUUCAGAAGACACUAACCACAAAGCUGCGAAUAUUUUAACAUCGGAGCCUACCAAAAAGUGGAAAUGUUCAGCAAAAGGAGAAAAAUCUGCUAAUCUUAUUUUGCAAUUAGACGAAGCUAGCUUGAUAUCUAGCAUUGAUAUUGGGAAUGAACACUCCGCUUACGUCGAGGUGCUGGUUAAGCGUUCUGGCAGUACAGAGGAUUUUAAAGUUCUACUUGUUAUGUCAUCCUUCAUGAGUCCGUUAGAAUCGCGACAAAGCACAAACGUUAACAAAGUUAGAAUGUUUACCUAUAACGAAUUUCAGAGCCCGGAACGGGACGAAAAGUGGGACGUUGUUAAAAUUGUCUGCACACAACCUUUUAAUAGACAUGUACAAUACGGACUCUCCUUUUUAACGUUACACACUCCAGGAAAUAAAGAUGGGAACGCACUUGAUGGCGUGAAGCUUGGUAGUAGUUCAGAGCCGAAGGAUGGUAGCGCCACACCAGUGAAGUUGGGAAAGUUCACACUUCGUCCGAUUUCGCCCAAUCCCUUGGCAACAGGCACCCUGUUUUCUAGAAGGAAUCUUGAUCUGACUAAUUCUCCAUCAGCGGCUGCGGCAAUUCGAGAUUCGUCAACAUCAACAAAUCCAUCCUACAAAACACCAAAGUUGAAAAUUGCUGCAAAGCCAUCCACAACCCCGAAUGAACCAGACACAUCUCUAGACACUAGCACUGAUACCUCAAAACGAAGAAACCGAGAUGAACUGUUGUACUCAAAGGACGAAGAAGAUAGUCACGAAAAAAUUGACAAUCUAAUGAAGAAAAGGAAAAAGGAAUUAGACGAGAAACAAAUUGCCGAAGCUGCGCAACAGAAAACCAAACAAAAGGACAAAAAGCCUGUAGCAAAUGGAAAAAAGGCAGCAAGUCCGUUACCUACCACUCCUUCACAUGCCACGAAGAGAAAACAGAAAGAUCCAUCACCGAAGAAAAUUAAAGUUAAAAAACUCUCCAAGCCAUUCUAUCGGCUACUCGAUGGUGUAACAAUCGUAAUUAGUGGUAUUGAAAAUCCGGAAAGGUCGACGAUUCGUAAUAACGCACUCGAAAUGGGCGCUAAGUAUAAACCUGACUGGGAUAACAGCUGCACACAUUUAAUUUGCGCUUUUACGAACACACCGAAGUUUAAUCAGGUUAAAGGCAAGGGUAAAAUAGUCAACAGAUUGUGGAUAUCCGACUGUUACGCACUACGGAAAAGGUUACCUUGGCGAAGGUAUGCGCUGGAUCGUAAUGAUUUAAAUAAAGAUGAGAGCGAAGACGAAAUAUGCGAAGAUUUUCCUAGCUCACCGGAUGUUUGUAGUAGCUCAAAUGACGUGUUUAUUGAUGAUAACAGCAGUACAGAUGAUGAAAUCCAAACAGUGUCAUCAGUGCCAAAGCAACAUACCGGCAUUGCAAGUAGCUAUUCUGUUGACACCGACGAGGAAAUUAUUAGACCUGAUCGGAAUGGUGAUAUACCAGAAUUACCUUCAAUUUUAGCACAUAAAAAACUGUACAUAGAUGACGAACUUAGCGAGGAAGAAAAGAAACUUUUAAAUAGAUAUAUCAUGGCGCUGAAUGGAACUGUGUCAGAUGGACCUGCCGAAGUUGAUUUUAUUAUCACUACCUCAAAAAAUGUCGGAUUUUUGAAAGAAGUAUGCUCGAGUGCACAUGCCGUCACAUCCGAUUGGGUAUGGGAUUGUUACAAUGAAAACAGACUUAUUCCUGUUAAUGCUUUUGAAUUGUAAUGAUGAAGGAAUGAAACUAUGGUUUAUUAAAAUUUUUCAUGUCGUCA